CUGUAGGUGGUCUACGUCUAGUCUGUCAACACUUUAUUCACGAAAUUUGGUGGAGAAUUUGUUUGGCGAAAUGGCACGAGAAAGUUUGGUGCAAAGAUGCAAGAAUUUAGUGCAUGGCAUUCUGUUUGAUCCCAGCUACCUUUGGAUGACAGCCGGACUGCUGUGGCUGGCUGAAAUAGUCGUAAAUAUCCUCGUUAUACAGAAUGUCAAAUAUACAGAGAUUGAUUGGGUAGCAUACAUGGAUGAAGUAGAAGGCGUUAUCAAUGGAACGUUUGACUACAUGAAGCUCAAAGGAGAAACUGGUCCAUUAGUUUAUCCUGCAGGGUUUGUGUACAUCUUUAUGGGGUUGUACUACGUGACGGACAAAGGGCGGAAUGUAAGACUAGCUCAGUUCAUCUUUGCUGGUCUCUAUUUGUUAACUCUUCCACUUGUCUUCAGAAUCUACAACAGAACAAAAAGGGUUCCGCCGUACGUCUUAUUCUUUAUGUGCUGUGCGUCUUAUCGUAUCCACUCCAUCUACAUCUUACGGCUGUUCAAUGAUCCCGUGGCGAUGCUUUUCCUUUAUCUGGCAAUAAAUCUUUUUAUGGAUGGUAGAUGGAACUGGGGCUGCUUUUGGUUCAGUAUUGCUGUGUCAGUGAAAAUGAACAUUCUGCUCUUCUCUCCUGCUUUACUCCUCUUGCUACUGACUGAGUUUGGUUUCUGGGCAACUAUUCCAAGGCUACUCAUUUGUGCAGUCAUACAGGUUGUUGUUGCUGUCCCGUUCCUUCAAGUUAAUCCAUCUGGAUACAUUAUCAGAUCUUUUGACCUUGGCCGACAAUUCUACUUCAAAUGGACAGUCAACUGGAGAUUUGUAUCGGAAGAAUUUUUCUUGAAUCGAUAUUUCCAGUUGUCGCUGCUUGCUUUACACAUCAUUCUUAUAGCUUUAUUUGUCAUACAUCGCUGGAACAGGAGGCGAGGAGGUAUUUUCGCCCUCUUACCAAAACCAAAAGAAGAGGAACGGACAAUCGUCAUAGGAGAUAAUUAUAUUGUUGGAAGUCUUUUUGCAGCUAACUUUAUUGGCAUGGCAUUCAGUAGAUCACUUCACUACCAAUUCUACGUCUGGUAUUUCCACACGUUACCUUACCUUCUCUGGACGACGAACUUGCCAUCUGUCUUCAGGAUUUUGAUUUUGGGCGUGAUCGAGCUGUGUUGGAACACCUACCCAUCUACAUCUCUAAGCUCCGCCUCCCUCCAUGUCUGCCACGCCCUUAUUCUCCUAGCUCUGUGGUUUAAACGUCCAAUCACCAAAGAAGAUUUAGCUCAGGAUAGUUGGAAAACAAAAUAACUUUAACUGCCAGGUAAACAAACUGGUGCUCUAGGCUUUAUUUGUUAAAAGUUGCAUGGAUUUCUAAAAAGAUUUUAACAGUAAUGAAAAUCGACUAUGAACAAGAUUUGAGAUUAUUUUUCUUCCCACCUUUUUGGUCUGACUUACGAACUGUCCUUAGCUCGAUGCCUCCUUUAAAGGGACACGUUGCCUUGGAUCGGACGAGUUGGUCUAUAGAAUGUCGUUUGUAACCGUUUGUUAUA